UUUUGCGGUGAUAACUUGUGGCCAUAUUUGAAAGGUCUUCCUCGGUAGUUACUGAAUCAAAUGGACAAAAAGCAGAUCAGUUAUCAUUUUAAGCAGCUGAGACACUUAGCAAGAUAGCUAACAUUACUUGGCGAGCAACAUGUACGUUUAGCGAGCUAACUUCACUAGCUAGCUAAUUGGCUACUUUUUUCUUAAAAUGAAGGCGUGACAUCAUGUGUUUAUUGUUAUUCACGUUUAAGGUGGUAAUAUGCAAUGGAAGAGGGUAAACGGACAUUCAGUUCAGAUGAAAACGCUAGAAGCCCAGCACCAAACUUUUCGCACACAUUUGUUUCUCCUUCGGACCAUUGGCACAGUACCCCCAUAAAAAAGAACCAUGUCAGAGUCCCCGCUGAGGUCUCUUCUGUCCCAAAACAGCUCCCUGCAGGCAGUGGGGCAAAGAGAGUGGCAGCUCGCAGUCUCCUCGCAUCCCCUGAGUGCUCUCUCAUUGUCCAUGGCAAACGGCAUGAUCAGAAGGCAGCGGUCGAGGCCGAGGGCAGCAUUGUCCAGAAGCAGCGGCGGGAGCUGCAGCUGCUGAUGGCGGAGCUGAAGGACCGGGACCAGGAGCUUAAUGACAUGGUGGCUGCCCACAACAAGCAGAUGCAGGCCUGGGAGCACGACCGGCAGAGGGUGCUGACCCUGGAGCAGAGGAGUGCACGGCUAGAAAGUGAACUGCAGAAGCGCAGCGAGGUGAUCCGGGCUCUGACCAAGCAGCUGCGCAUCGCAGAGGCGCGUCAGCAGGAUGGCCACAGGGAGCUGAACAACACUCAGAUGCAGCUACACCAGCUCAGCCAACAGCAGCAGCUCUCUGCCAGCCAGUGCCAGGACCUGGAGGAGAGAAACCAGAGUCUGAACUCCACAGUGCUGGACCUGUCCUCUCAGAUGGGCCGGCUGCAGGCACGGGAGGAGGAGCUCAGUGCCAUGCUGAAGCUGAAGGACAAAGAUGUCACAGAGGCCACCAACCUCAUCGUGGACCUCACAGGACGCUUCCAGAAACUGGAGGUCACGAUGAAGGAGUUUCGGUCCCGGGAAGUCAAAGCACUAAAGGAGAUGGAGGAACACAAACGUCGCUUCAGGGACGCCAGACUUGAGAAUGUCAAACUCAAAGAAGAGUUGCAGGAGAAGACUGCAGAAAGCAAUGCGCAGAGGGAGGAGGUCAUUCGCCUGAAGCAGGAGAACCAGCGGCUGGAGCGGGAGCUGGCCGUAGCAGGUGAAGGGGAAAGCUGGAAAGAUGAGCUGCUCCGAUCAGCACGGUCCAAACAGGAGCGCACAGAGUCAGAACUACACUGCCUGCGGCAGGUAUAUGAGAACCAACAGAAUGAUCUGCAGCUGCUGCAGUUGAACCUGGAAUGUGCCCAGGAGGCCCUGAUGCAGAGGGAGAGCCGGGUGUCUCCCGGGAGCCAGGGAGACCUCACCUGCCUGCUACUGGACUCUCCACCGGGAAAUAGGAGGAGCCCUGGGCUUGUGAACGGCCCUUCCCCUUCUAGAACCUCCCCCUGUCUUGCCACCAAUGGAGACCAGAGAGUCCAGCCCCCAUCCCCCGACAGCGUUCAAGAGGAGCAGUACUCGCCCACGAGUCGUCUGCGGCGCCUACUGACCAAGUCUCAGCAGAUGGUGGCCAGUCUUGAGCUCAAUGCCAAGCGGCCUGAUUGCCCUGCCCACAGCCCUACAAACGGCUCCCUGCACAGUCCUUCCCACGCCUUUGCCAGUAGCCCUGUCCACAGCCCCACCCAUGGCUGCACCACUAGCCGGGAAAGGAGCGAGCUCGGCCAGUUUUGAAACAUCAAGGCUCAGGGAACCCUUUUGUUAAUGACCCAAAAGCCACAUUUCUGAAAAACUGUACAGUCC